UGGGGACAGGGAUGGGGACAGGGAUGGGGACAUCGAUGGGGACAGGAGUAGGGACACCUAUGGGGACAGGGCUGAGGACAGGGAUGGGGACCCCGAUGGGGACAGGGACGGGGGCGGCGUUCCCGCUCCAGCCCCGCGCGCUUCCCGAGGAUUUCGGGGAGGAGCCGCAUCCCUACGGAGCGGCGGGAGUGCCGCUGGAUCGCCGCUACUCGCACAGCCUGUACCACGACGGCGGCCCCGAGGCGCAAACCGGCACGGGAUCCAUGGAAAAUCUGGGAUUUGGGGCGCAGUUCCCGCCGCCCCACGAGGCACAGCCGCCGUUCCGGGCGCCCGAAUCCUUUGGGGUCGCUCAUCCCGAGCCCUUCAUUCCCGAAAUUCCUCAGGCCGUCCCUGACAGCCAAGCCCGGCUCAGCGUGGGCAGCGUCUACAGGCCCAGCUUUGGGGCCAGAGGGCUCCCAGACCUGGUCCCGGACCCCAACUACGUUCAGGCCUCCACGUACGUGCAGAGAGCUCACCUGUACUCGCUGCGCUGCGCCGCUGAGGAGCGCUGCCUGGCCAGCACGGCGUACGCGGCCGAGGCCACCGACUACGACGUGCGGGUGCUGCUGCGCUUCCCGCAGCGCGUCAAGAACCAGGGCACGGCCGACUUCCUGCCCAGCCAGCCCCGCCACCGCUGGCAGUGGCACAGCUGCCACCAGCACUACCACAGCAUGGCCGAGUUCAGCCACUACGACCUGCUGGAUGUCACCUCGGGCCGCCGGGUGGCCGAGGGACACAAGGCCAGCUUCUGCCUGGAGGACACCACCUGCGACUUCGGCCACCUCAAGCGCUACGCCUGCACCGCCCACACCCAGGGGCUCAGCCCGGGCUGUUAUGACACCUACAACGCCGACAUCGACUGCCAGUGGAUCGACAUCACCGACGUCCCCCCUGGGAACUACAUCCUCAAGGUCCAGGUCAAUCCCAAAUAUUUGGUGCUGGAGUCGGAUUUCACCAACAACGUCGUGCGCUGCCACAUCCACUACACCGGGCGCUUCGUGUCCGCCUCCAACUGCCGCAUCGCCCAAUCCUGAUGGCAGCAGGACCCCAGGAGUGUCACCCGUCCCCUUUCCCGGGAAGUUCCCGAGGUGGCUCCGCUGCGUUCCCAAAGUUCCCCCUUUUCCCAAUAAAAAGAGGGGAAGCCACGAGGACUCCUGGGAAUCGUUUUUA